AAGUGGGGUUUUGCAUCACUUUAGCUAAUAAGAAAGCUACGUUUCUUCUGCUCUUAUUUAUUAGUUUCCUCUUCUUUGAUUUCUUCUAAUUGAGUUAUUGAGAGAUUUUGAGAUCUGAAAAAAUGUAUGUAGUUCAGAGUAAAGGAGGAGCCAUAGGCUGUAUGUUUCUUUCUCUAUUCUUCUUAGGUACAUGGCCUGUUAUUAUUGCUCUUCUAGAGAGAAGAGGUAAGCUUCCACAGCAUACUUACCUUGAUUACUCCAUUACAAAUCUCUUAGCUGCUGUAUUAAUUGCUCUAACAUUCGGGAAAAUCGGAGGUAGCCAACCGGAUAUGCCAAAUUUCAUCACUCAGCUUUAUCAGGACAAUUGGCCAUGCGUCUUGUUUGCUAUGGCAGGUGGGGUGUUUCUCAGUGUCGGAAACCUUGCUACGCAGUAUGCUUGGCCGUUGGUGGGUAUCUCGGUGACCGGAGUCAUUUGUUCAAGCAUAGUGGUUGUUAUAGGCACAACUAUUAAUUACUUCUUAGAUGCACGAAUGAACAAGGCCAAGAUUCUUUUCCCAGGAGUUGCAUGUUUUCUCGUUGCAGUUUUUCUUGGAUCUGCUGUUCACGCUUCAAAUGCAGCUGAUAAUAAAGCAAAGCUUAGUAGUUAUGAAGAAGCUUCCGGCAGCAUAGAUGGUAGAAAAGAUUUGGAGAAUGGAACUGUUCGUCUAAAGAAAGCUGAAGUAGGAACUGCAAACUUCCUUGUAGAGAUUGAAAAUAAAAGGGCGAUCAAGGUGUUUGGAAAGAGUACUUUGAUCGGCUUGGGUAUAACAUUCUUUGCCGGUCUUUGCUUCUCCGUUUUCUCCCCAGCAUUCAAUUUAGCGACAAAUGAUCAAUUGCACAUGAUGACUCCAGGGGUUCCCCAUUUAGUUGUCUACACUGCCUUUUUCUACUUCUCUGUAUCAUGUUUUGUGAUGGCUAUCAUUCUAAACAUCAUUUUCCUGUACUAUCCUGUAUUCAACCUACCACGGUCUUCCCUUAAGGCUUACAUCAAUGAUUGGAAUGGUAGAAAUUGGGCUCUUCUGGCAGGAUUUAUCUGUGGUUUCGGAAACGGUCUCCAGUUCAUGGGCGGUCAAGCUGCUGGAUAUGCAGCAGCAGAUGCUGUUCAGGCACUUCCACUUGUAAGCACAUUCUGGGGAAUACUUUUAUUGGGAGAGUAUCGGAAGUCUUCGGAAAAAACAUAUGUGUUGCUUGUUAGCAUGUUAUUGAUGUUUAUCGUGGCAGUUGGGAUUCUUAUGGCAUCAUCCAGGCAUCGAAAGAAAUAAUAUAAUAGUCUGUUAAAUUGUCAUUACAUAUAUGUAAUAAGAGAGGAUUUCAACAAACAAAGCAUGAAAUAGAGUUAUCAAAAUCAAGUUGUAUAAUCUCACAUAUUACGCUACAAAUUGUCAUCGUAUAUGCAGAUCAAGUACGAUAGAAAGACA